AUGGCCCACCAGAUCUCCGCACUUGCCAGGGGAGAGGAGCGUCUUGACCUCUUCAUCCUCGGCCACGACAACGGCUGCUACCACAAGUACCGCAACAGCGAGAAGUGGACCGACUGGAAGCCCAUCGGCAAGGGGUUCAGCAGCAUCAUCUCUGCUGUCACCUGGGGCAAGGACCGCCUUGAUAUCUUCUGCCUGGACACCAGCAAUACUUGCUACCACCGUACCCUACAGAACGACAAGUGGGACAAGUGGGAGAACCUCGGCGGUAACUUCACCAGCUCCGUCAAGGCCGUCAGCUGGGGUGAGAACCGUCUUGACAUCUUUGCCCGUGGCCACGACAACACCUGCCACCACCAAUACUAUGAUGGUAAGCGUUGGAGCGGAUGGAAGUCCAUCGGCGGCUCCCUGAACGGCGGUGUAGAGGCCGUCAGCUGGGGUAAGGAGCGUCUGGAUGUGUUCGCGCUGUGGGCAGAGGACAACACCUGCCGUCGCAAGCGAUUCGACGGAAAUAACUGGAGCGACUGGGAGAACCUGGGCGGACGUCUUGUCAGCCCCAUUCGAGCCGUCAGCUGGGCUGAGGACCGCAUCGAUCUCUUCUCCCGGGGCCAGGACAAUGGCUUCUACCACCAGGGAUACGACGGCAACAAGUGGUCUGGAUGGCAGUCCCUGGGUGGCCAGGUGUAUAGCCACAUCGAGGUCAUCAGCUGCGCUCCCAACCGCUUAGACGUGAUCGCCAUAAACCGCGACCGGAGGUGCAUUAACAGGUCCUUCGAGAACGGCAAGUGGAGUGACUGGAAGGUUCAAGGCGACUUGACGUUCUUCAGUGCUAUCACUGGAGUAUCCUGCCGAGGCAGGGAGGGACAGCUUGACCUGUUCGGCGUUGCCACUCAUAAUAAUUCCGUCCAGCAUAGAUCCUAUGACGGAAACAACUGGAAGGACUGGAAAUCUCUCGAAGGGCUUGUUACCUGCCAGCUUCGGGAUUACUGA